GUCGCUGCACCUGUCGGGAGCCCUGCCUGACUUACUUCCGACGAAAGAGGGGCUGCUUUCGCUUUUCAAAAUGGCGCCGCCUGUGGUCCGCAUGUGAUACUACUAGGCCGGGUUUUUCAAGGCGCCAUACGUCGGAAAUUUACGACUUUGGAAAGCUUUCGGGUGCUCGUAUGAAAGUCCAAACUCUGAAGAAUACGCCAGUCCUUUCUCUUCAUCUGCAGUCACAAGAUGACAGAGAUGAACUGUGGAAACAGUGAUGCAAAGCGACAUUGCACUCGUCGGAGAAUAGGAACUCACAAUGGAACUUUCCACUGUGAUGAAGCCCUCGCUUGUUUUCUACUGCGUCAGCUGCCAGAGAACAAAGAUGCAGAAAUAAUACGAACAAGGAAUCAGGCAGUUCUAGAUAUGUGUGAUAUUGUGGUGGAUGUUGGUGGUGUCUAUGACCCCACCAAGCACAGAUAUGAUCAUCACCAAAGGUCAUUCUCACAUUCCAUGAACUCACUUUGGCCUGAUAAGCCAUGGAUGACCAAACUAAGCAGUGCUGGACUGGUGUACCUUCACUUUGGGGAGCGCAUAUUGCGAUCCAUCAAAAGCAUUGCAGACGCAGAUGACAGCAAGGUGCAAGCCAUCUUUGACAAGGUCUACGAGAACUUUAUGGAAGAGAUUGAUGCCAUUGAUAAUGGCAUUGCACAGUGUGAUGAAAAACCAAGGUAUUUGAUCACAACCAAUCUGAGUUCCAGGGUCAAGCACCUCAAUCCAGAUUGGAUGGACCUCAACCCUGAUGAAGAGGGUGGCUUCCAAAAAGCUAUGGAGCUGACUGGCUUAGAAUUUCUGGACAGAGUCAACUACUACAGCAACAGCUGGUGGCCGGCCAGGGAAUUAGUGGAAAGUGCCAUUGAUAGACGUUUUGAGGUGGAUAGUAGUGGUGAAGUGUUAGUCUUUCAGCAAGGUGGAUGCCCAUGGAAGGAGCACCUGUUUGCCCUGGAAGAAUCUAAGAAGAUUGAUAAAUCCAUCAAGUAUGUCCUGUACACAGACCAGAAUGGAAAGUGGAGGGUGCAAUGUGUCCCUGUCUCCAGUAAUUCAUUUACCAACAGACUCUCAUUAUUGGAGAAGUGGUGUGGCCUCCGCAAUGAGGAGUUGUGUGCCCUCUCUGGUAUCGCAGGAUGCAUCUUCGUCCAUGCCAAUGGUUUCAUUGGUGGAAAUGAGACGUAUGAGGGUGCCCUUCAGAUGGCCAGAAUGUCACUUGCCCAAGCCAAGUAGGAAGCAUAGUUUCAGUUGAACUUGUUUAAUACCCAUUUAGAGCUAAUUUGAAAUUUGCAUGUCUUCAGUAUAAAAAGCCUAGGAUUUUUCAGUGUCGGAAACACUCCGAGGGAAUCAGGCCAGUAUGGUGGAAAGGCAGACAUCCAAAGAACUCACUGACAGGAUGAACCUGUUUCAUUUUAUCAAUUUCACUUCUGAGAGCUACUAUAAAUUGCAAAGCAACAUUUUUAAGGAAUAACAGUUGUUGAAAUGAGUUUGAUUUUGGUAGGUAAAUGGUCCUCCCAUGAUUUAUACUGGGUUUUUGAAAUAGGGCAUUUUUUCUGUAAAUUAUUGCGCUAACAAAACUGCAUCAGAAUAACAAUGUAAUGGAACUUGAUUUUUAGGGGUCUAUUCUGGUGUCGUCUUUUUGUCGCAUGUCCCAGAUGCAGCACUGAGUACAGAUUCACGUUACCAGUAAACUCAAUUCUAAAAUAAAUGUGUAUGUAUUUAACAUUUUACCAUUUGCAGGGCUUCCACUACCCUGAAAUUGGUUUUCUAAGAAUUAAUAAAAUGCAUGUAGUGCAAACACCUGAUGUCAAUACAACAUGAUAACCAGGGUCAUAUAUUUUCAAACUGGGUCAAUGUUAAUAAAAGACAACACAAACUGUAGAAGUUAAACAUGUCAUGAUGGUUUUAAUGUCUUUGUACAUGGCACUACAUAUGAAAUUACAUAUCCCUGUGAAAGGCAAGGGGUUUUAUGCAGUUAUGUAACAUUGCAUGUGAUGCAGUUUGCCCUGUACAAUUACUGAGGGACACAGUAACCAGAAGUGGUUAAAUUACAAAAAAAAGACACCAUUCUUUUCAUUCUAUCCCUCUUUUUAUAAUCAGAGCCUUUUAAAAACAAGUAACAAUUGUGCGAAUGUCUGACAGAAUUACAGUUUACUUAAAAUUCAUUCAACUACAGCUCUUUUUCUUACUGUAUACGGGUAUAAAAUAAAAUCCUGUUACAGUAAUGGGUCAAAUUUAAAUUGAUCGUACGGAUGAACAAGAACAGGUUACCACCCAAAGUUCGAUGGAAAGUACUACCACUCAAGAGUAGUUUUGCACUCGGUUUUGCUCGUCACCCAAGUCUGUUCAGCACUUUUCUCAGCACAGCACAAUAAAGUUUGGAGUGAAUGAUACAGGAA